UCGACCACCUCUCCCAAGUUUAGGCCAUCGCCGCCCCACCUUCCCGUAGUCCCCUGUUCAUCCAUCUCAAGAACUCCUCAGAUUGCGCUCGGUUCGCCGCUUGCAUGCACAGCCCGAGCCCGGGUACCAGCAUAUUCGUCCUCUCCUGGGCUCCUCAUCUCCAUCCACGCUGAACACGCCAGGCUGUUCAGAUCCAGGCCUCCUCCUCAUUGCAACCUCCCCUCCUGAGGCCUCCGUUUCUUCUGCAUUCCUGGAACAUUGUCGCCACAGGCGUGGAGUGCUGCAAGAUCUUCGUUUUUGCUGCUCUAUAAGCAUUGUGUUCUGUAUUGUGAGGCCAUUUUAAGGAAUGCAGAAAGAUGUGUUUGCGUGAAAAGGAUUUCUGUUGUAAUGAGGAAGACAUAUCUCCAAUUGAUUUGAAAUCACUAAUUCUUGAUGAGCGAGGAUUUCAAGCACACAUUAGAUGCAUAGCAGAACUUAAUUGCGAUGGUUCCGAUGUCAGAAGAAAUAUGGCAAUGCUAGGUCAUAUAAAUUCUGAAGACGGUUAAAGUUUUUCAUUACCAACUUGUCUUCCUACAACUUGAUGCAAUCAUUUGGUAGUAGGUGCUUAUGAUGGAAACAGAGAAAAAUGGAAACAUUCUUAUGCAUAGGUAUGAGGUUGGCAAAUUAUUGGGGCAAGGUACUUUUGCCAAGGUAUACCAUGCCAGGAACAUAGAGACUUCUCAAAGUGUUGCUAUCAAGGUUAUUGACAAGGAUAAAAUUUUCAAGGUUGGCCUAAUGGAGCAGAUCAAACGAGAGAUAUCAGUGAUGAAACUGGUGAGGCACCCAAACAUUGUGCAACUUUAUGAAGUCAUGGCUACUAAAUCAAAGAUAUAUUUUGUGCUUGAAUAUGUUAAGGGUGGUGAAUUAUUUAACAAAAUUGCUAAAGGGAAGUUAAGAGAAGAUCCUGCAAGGAAAUACUUUCAGCAAUUGGUUAGUGCAGUUGAUUUUUGUCAUAGUAGGGGUGUCUACCAUCGUGAUUUGAAGCCAGAAAACCUGCUUGUUGAUGAGAAUGGGAAUCUAAAAAUUUCUGAUUUUGGAUUGAGUGCCCUUGCUGAAUCAAGACGCCAUGACGGUCUUCUACACACAACUUGUGGUACUCCAGCAUAUGUGGCGCCAGAGGUUAUCAGCCGAAAAGGAUAUGAUGGUGCAAAGGUUGAUACAUGGUCUUGUGGUGUGAUUCUAUUUGUUCUUAUGGCUGGAUAUCUCCCUUUCCAAGAUUCAAAUUUGAUGGAGAUGUAUAGAAAGAUUGGAAAAGCAGAUUUUAAAUGUCCACCAUGGUUUCCAUCUGAUGUACGCAAGUUAGUGUCAAGAAUUCUUGAUCCAAAUCCAAGGACUAGAAUGCCAAUUACAAAAAUAGUGGAAUGCUUUUGGUUCAAAAAAGGUAUUGACAACAAGCUAAUCCGGAAGACUAUGGAGAUAAAGGGGAAAGUUUCAGCUCUAACUAAUGUUAAACAAGAUGUAACAAAGGUUACUAACCUUAAUGCUUUUGACAUUAUUUCUCUUUCAGAAGGCUUCAAUCUUUCAGGCUUGUUUGAUGAUUCUGAGAAAAGAAAAGAGACAAGGUUCACAUCUAGUCAACCAGCUUCAACUAUUAUCUCAAAACUAGAAGAUGUCGCCACCUGUUCAAAGCUUACAGUAAAGAAGAAAGAAGGUGGUGUGUUAAAAAUGAAAGGUGAAAAUGAAGGAAGGAAAGGUGUACUGUCUAUUGAUGCAGAGAUCUUUGAAGUUACACCUUCUUUCCAUCUUGUAGAGAUCAAGAAAAACAAUGGGGAUACGAUAGAAUAUGAAAAUUUGUUUAAACAGGAAAUGAAACCAGCGCUCAAAGACAUUGUUUGGGCAUGGCAAGGUGAGCGUCGGGACUAAUAGGCCAAGGAUCAUAAUCAGUGAUAAAUUGCUAAACUAGUUUGUUUCCACAAUAAGCCAUAAUGUUCGUUAACCUUCAAAAGUUGUAUUCGAUUAGAACUUUCUCGCAUUUGACAUUAACAUUUGAUUUGAUUCAGAUUUUGUUAAGCAACAUCAUUGUUAUAUUGCAUCUAUCAUUAAUUGUUUCUUUU